GCUCGGCGCGCGCCGCAUGGCUACGGCGCCGCUCGCCCGCGCGCCCGGCGGCUCCUCCUCCUCCUCCUUUCCCGGCCCCGUCCCGGCCCCGUCCCGGCCCCUUCCCGGCCCGUCCCGCCCGGGCCGCGGGAGGGAGACCACCGCCAGCAAAUUACUGUGCCGCCGCGCCCCGGCCGCCGGGCUCGGCGCGUGUUUUGGUUGGGCUUCUUCCCCCACCCCUCCCUCCCCUGAUCCUCCUCCCGCUUUUUUUUUUUUUUUCAGUUAACGUUUAAAUACUUUUUUUUUUUUCACCUCCUUUUCGCUUGGCGGUGGGUUCUCCUCUCUUCUGCUCCGUUCACCUGCGAUCAGCGGAUGCAAGUCACACACGCUCUCUCCCCUCCCUCCCUCUCUCUCUCCAAGUUAGCAGCAAAGAACAAAAAAAAAAUAGCUCCGUUAAGGAUAAGAGCGGGAGCGGAGGGGUGUGCGCGCGUCUGCCGGGGAGCGCCGGCGAGCGGAGGACACCGCCGACGGCUCUGCGCACUCCUCCCGCCGCGCCAAGUGAAGCAGCAAGUUUGCCGUGCACCUGUUUGAGCAGCUCGAACCCCCGUCGCCGCCGAGCCCCGAAAGUGGUUUGCAAAAGGGAGAAAGUUUUUCGCCAGUGGGGUCGCCGAUCGCCCUCCUCGCGGUUUUCUUCUCCUCCUCUUUUUUUUUUCCUUUCUUUUUUUUUUUUCCACGGCGGUAGCUACCUAGAUACGAACGGGUUUCACCUCGCUCGCUCCCCGUCCGCCCGGGCUCCUCUAUGUUUGAUUCAUUUUUCACGUCUGGCGCCGGUGGAAAAUAAAAAAGCUACUUGAAUGUACAGCAUGAUGAUGGAGACGGACUUGCACUCCCCCGGUGGAGCCCAGGCCCCCACGAACCUCUCGGGGCAGACCGGAGCGGGAGGCGGCGGAGGAGGCGGUGGCGGCGGCGGCGGCGGGGGGAACAAAGCGAACCAGGACCGGGUCAAGAGACCCAUGAACGCCUUCAUGGUGUGGUCGCGGGGCCAGCGCCGGAAGAUGGCCCAGGAGAACCCCAAAAUGCACAACUCGGAGAUCAGCAAGCGCUUAGGGGCUGAGUGGAAAGUCAUGUCGGAGGCCGAGAAGAGACCAUUCAUCGACGAGGCGAAGCGGUUGCGGGCGCUGCACAUGAAGGAGCAUCCGGAUUAUAAAUAUCGGCCCCGGCGGAAGACCAAGACCCUGCUCAAGAAGGACAAGUACUCGCUGGCCGGGGGGCUGCUGAGCGCCGGCUCGGCCGCAGGAGGCCCGGCCGGUGUCGGCGUGGGCAUGGGCGUCGGCGUCAGCCCGGGCGGCGUUGGGCAGCGGCUGGAGAGCCCCGGCGGCACGGCCAGCGGCGGCUACGCGCACAUGAACGGCUGGGCCAACGGCGCCUACCCGGGCUCGGUGGCGGCGGCGGCGGCGGCGGCGGCGAUGAUGCAGGAGGCGCAGCUCGCCUACAGCCAGCACCCGGGCAGCGGAGGGCACCCGCACCACCCGCACCCCCAUCACCCGCACCACCCGCACAACCCGCAGCCCAUGCACCGCUACGACAUGGGCGCCCUGCAGUACAGCCCCAUCUCCAACUCGCAGGGCUACAUGAGCGCCUCGCCCUCGGGGUACGGCGCCCUGCCUUACGGCUCCCAGCCCCACCAGAACUCGGCGGCGGCAGCGGCGGCGGCGGCGGCGGCGGCGGCCGCCUCUUCGGGGGCGCUGGGCGCCCUAGGCUCGCUGGUAAAGUCGGAGCCCAGCGUGAGCCCGCCCGUCACUUCGCACUCGCGGGCCCCGUGCCCUGGGGACCUGCGGGAGAUGAUCAGCAUGUACUUACCGGCCGGGGAAGGCGGUGAUCCGGCGGCAGCUGCCGCCCAGAGCCGGCUCCACUCCCUGCCCCAGCACUACCAGAGCGCCAGCACGGGGGUGAACGGCACCGUCCCCUUGACGCAUAUCUGAACCCCCGCCGGCACCGGAGCGGUGGAGGCAGGCUCGGGUGCGAGCACCGGCUCGGCUCCCGGGCCCCGGCCGCGGCCCCGGGCCGUUCCGCUGGACUGCGCGCCCCGCCGCUGCCACCGCACGCUCAGCCCCGGCCGCCCUCCCGCGUCC